AUGGCCAGGAGCCUCAGUUUUUGCUGGCCCGUAGUUGAAGCGGAGUCCAAUGCCCUGAACGAGCUCUUUGGCCAGGCGUGCGACGACCUCCGCAAGAGCCCGCGGAGUGUCGGCAGCGCAGCCGGCCCCGAAAUGCCGCGAACAUUAUCGCCACAAUGCAGCCGCGCCAAGCCGCCUGCGGUCACGCCGGAACAAUGGGCGGCGCUGGAUGGCGUUGACCUUGCUGACGAAUUGCUCGUGCAGAACGGUGGUCCAAGGGAGGGCUGCGAGCAAGGCGAUCCUCUCGCCCCGGCGCUGUGCGCCCUCGGCCAACACGCGGCGCUACACGCGGCUCAGGCUCGCUUGCGAUCGGAGGACGAAGAAGUGUUCGCAUUUCUGGACGACCUCUACGUCCUCACCUGCGUCGUCGCAAUCAGCGUCAUCCAAGAUUCGGCAAAAGGCCAUGACCGGCUCUGUGGCAUCAGUGACAUCCAUUCGAAAAGAAGCUGGAAUUGCGAUAGGCUCGCCACAGCAAUCCGUCGCGGGAAUGGCCGUGGGGGCGGUCAGUUCACCCUUGUGUCGAAUGGGCGUGCCAUUGAUGGCCCACAGUUCCUUUUGCCGUGUGGCAUCGACCGUUGCGUCAGGGAAACACUGAUCACUUGCGCAGCUGGUCGUGGCGCCGGAAUCAAGAAGGACGUACUUGGUGGAGGAUGUUGCGGCAACCUGUUCAGUGACCUCAACAGCCUGAGCCGCAGUAUCGCUGAUGGCAAACAGCAUUUCUUGGAUGGCGCCUUGACCUUUGCGGCCCUGAGAGUGCCCCGACGGCAUGGACGGGUUAGCAGAUGA